GGCGCUGGCACUGCCGCGGCCUCUCACGGCUGGGGCCGACUGCCCGUGCUCCGAGCCCGCUCUCUGCCGUCCGAUCCAACACCGCCCCGCCUUCGAGGUCUUUAUAUUUGAUAUUGGACAGAAAACUUGGAAAUCUUAUGACUGGUCACAGAUUACAACUGUGGCAGCUUUUGGAAAAUAUGACUCAGAACUUUUGUGCUAUGCUCAUUCAAAAGGAGCCAGAGUGGUGCUUAAAGGAGAUGUAUCCUUACGGGAUAUUGUUGAUCCUACAUUCAGAGAAUCCUGGAUAGCUCAAAAACUUGAUUUGGCCAAAACACAACAUAUGGAUGGGAUUAAUAUAGACAUAGAGCAAGAAGUUAAUUGUUCAUCACCUGAAUAUGAUGCAUUAACAGCUUUAGUCAAAGAAACCACAGACUCUUUCCAUCGUGAAAUUGAGGGAUCACAGGUAACCUUUGAUGUAGCUUGGUCUCCAAAGAACAUAGACAGAAGGUGUUAUAAUUAUACUGGAAUUGCAGAUGCUUGUGACUUUCUCUUUGUGAUGUCUUACGAUGAACAAAGCCAGGUCUGGUCAGAAUGUAUUGCAGCAGCCAAUGCUCCCUAUAAUCAGACAUUAACUGGAUAUAAUGACUACAUCAAGAUGGGCAUUAGCCCUAAGAAACUUGUAAUGGGCAUUCCCUGGUAUGGUUAUGAUUAUACCUGCUUGAAUUUAUCUGAGGAUCAUGUUUGUACCAUUGCAAAAGUCCCUUUCCGGGGGGCUCCUUGUAGUGAUGCCGCUGGACACCAGGUGCCCUAUAAAACGAUCAUGAAGCAAAUAAAUAGCUCUACUUCUGGAAGCCAGUGGGAUAAAGAUCAGCAGGCUCCUUAUUUUAACUAUAAAGAUCCUGCUGGCCAUUUUCAUCAAGUGUGGUAUGAUAACCCUCAGAGCAUUUCUUUAAAGGUGGCAAAUAUACAAAAGUAUGGCUUACGAGGCAUUGGCAUGUGGAAUGCAAACUGUCUUGACUAUUCUGGAGAUGUUAUAGCCAAGCAGCAAACUGAAGAAAUGUGGAAAGUCUUAAAGCCAAAGCUGUGACAGAUAUGAACAUCUUUUACCAAACUACUAAGAUAUAGAAAAAUAAUCUGAAUAAAUUGAUCUAUUCAUUGAAGAAAUAAAAAUGUAUACAUUU